CGAGGUGGUCAUUUUCGCAUUCGCCAUGCUUCGCCAAGUGACCCGCAGCGCACCACUCCGCGCCUUCUCGACGCUGCCCGCGAAGGACGUGGCGUGCGAGCUCGCGGCCUCGAGCAUCCGGUUCGGGACAGGCGUCACGAAGGAGGUCGGCAUGGACCUCAAGGAAAUGAAGGCCAAGCACGUCGUUGUCUUUACGGACCCCAAGCUCAAGGAAAUGCCGGUUGUCAAGGUCGUCAUGGAUUCGCUCGCGCAGAACGGUAUCAUCGCGCAUUUGUACGACCAAGUGCGCGUCGAGCCGAACGACCACUCGUUCAAGCACGCGAUCGAUUACAUGCUCAACCACCCGGCCAAGAUCGACGCGAUCGUCGGCGUCGGCGGCGGCAGUGUCCUCGACACGGCCAAGAUCGCCAACCUCUACUCGAUGUUCCCGCCCGAGGACUUUUACGACUAUGUCAACCCGCCCGUGGGCAAGGGCAUGCCGGUGCCUGGCGCGCUCCUCCCGUUCAUUGCGAUCCCGACGACCGCCGGUACCGGCAGUGAAACCACGGGUGUUGCGAUCUUUGACGAUACGCGCCACAAGGCCAAGACGGGCGUCGCCAGCCGCCGCCUCAAGCCGACGCUCGGCAUCGUCGAUCCGGACAACACGGCGACGCUGCCGCCCAAUGUGGCCAAGUACUCUGGCUUUGACGUGCUCUGCCACUCGAUCGAGAGCUACACGGCCCUCCCGUUCACGGAGCGCCCGCACCCGGGCUCGCCGGUCCUCCGCCCCGCCUACCAGGGGUCCAACCCGAUUAGUGACAUCUGGUCGCUCCACGCGCUCCAGCAGACGACUAAGUACCUCCGCCGUGCAGUCGCCGACCCCUCGGACGUCGAGGCGCGCUCGGCCAUGAUCUUGGCGUCGACGUCGGCCGGCAUUGGUUUCGGCAACGCCGGUGUCCACCUCUGCCACGGCAUGAGCUACCCGAUCGCGGCCCAAGUGCGCAAGUACGUGCCGCCGGGCUACGAGUGCGACCACCCGAUGGUGCCGCACGGUCACUCGGUUGUCGUGACGGCGCCCGCGGUGUUCCGCUUCACGGGCAGCGCCGACCCGGAGCGCCACAUGACGUGCGCCAAGACGCUUGCGUGGGGCACGGACCGCGUCUUCAAGUACGAGCAAAUGUCGGCGGCCGCGAUCAAGGAGGCUGCCGGUGAGAUCCUCGCCGACGAAGUGCUUCGCCUCAUGAGCUCGCUCGAUGUGCCGCUUGGCCUUGAGCCGCUCGGCUACACGAAGGACGACAUCCCGAUGCUUGUCAAGGGCACGCUUCCCCAGCACCGUGUCACCAAGCUCGCGCCCCGUCCUGCCGGCGAGGAGGAGCUCAGUGCCAUGUUUGAGAACGCGAUGGCCUACUAAGCGACGACACUAGAAUAAAGAAAGAUGUCUGUGUACGUUGCGCACAGGUCGUCGAUGAUCUAGCAGCAUCGCGAAGAAUGAAAUGAAAUGUUUUGGUGGUUCUUCACCCCG